AUGACGGAAGUGAAGCUUCAAGCAGUGGUAGUGGGUCCGCAUGACAUCUUUCAAGCUCUGAAAAUCGUUUUUGGAAAAGGAGUUUGGUUCAUGAUGCCACCAGAGACAAUUCAUGUAGUGAGUUUUGUAGGCCUUGUUGGCGAUGGAGCUGCAUUGAUAUGCUCAUUGGAUCUUACAAAGGACUUCUAUUUCAGCAACUCUUAUCGUGUCAUGCAUAGUUUUCAAAAGAAUCUAUCUACUCAUGAGAAAGGGUCGUUUCUUAAUGAAACAAUGUUUGUUUGGAAUGAGUUCUUAACUAGCACAAUUCACAAUCAAUUGAAGAAUAAUCUGUGGAUUGUAGCACUAGUUUAUGGCUACUUUAAACAGGUCAAACUUUCAAUAGGAGAAAAGGACUUCAAGUUGACCCUCAUUGCUAGAUGA